AUGGGGAAAUUGUCGUUAACAUCUCUGCUCGGGCUCCAGGACUUUGAGAGAGCGUCGCUGUAUUCUGUUAAGUCGGAAAUCAAGAAGUUCCAGUUUGAGAACGGCAGGACUUACCAUUCCAUGAGUGAAGGGAAGUACAACUACCCAAACGAUGAUGAAGAGAAUAGCCGUCUAGAGUUGCAGCAUCGCAUCUGGAAUCUCACACUCGACGGUGAAUUAGCACUAUGUCCAGCACAUAAGACGGCCAAGAACGUCUUGGAUAUGGGUGCUGGAACGGGUAUUUGGGCCAUCGACUACGCGGACGCCUUCCCAUCUGCACAGGUCAUUGGCGUUGACCUAAGUCCGAUCCAGCCAGAAUGGGUACCCAACAAUUGCAGCUUUGAGAUUGACGAUCUGGAGAAGAGAUGGGCCUGGUCAAAACCUUUCGAUUUCAUCUUUUGCCGGACUAUGGAAGGUUCAUUCUCUCAUCCAGUCAGCAUCAUUCAUAAGAUUUAUGAGGCUUUGGAACCCGGCGGCUGGUUCGAGGCAGGAGGUUUCGUGCUUCCAAUCGGCUGCAUCGACCACACCCUCCUCGAGUCCCCGGCUCUCAUGCGCUGGCACGAAACCAUGUACGAGGCCGGCAAUGUCAUCGGCCGUUCCAUCGAGAGCCCAUCGAAGCAUUUAGACGCCAUCCACGCCGCCGGCUUCGUUGACGUCACUGUAAAGAGGUUCGCCUGGCCGCUCAACUCAUGGCCCAAAGAGAAAACGCUCAAGGAGAUUGGUAUGCUGCAUUACGUCAACCUCGACUUGGCACUAGAAGGGCUGUCCCUGGGCUUGUUUACACGCGCCCUUGGCUGGACACGACAAGAGGUUUUGGAUCUCUGUGCGGAAGCGCGUAUGGACUUGAAGAAUAGGAAGAUUCACGCAUACUGGAAUGUGUAA